GUGGCUACAUUUUGAGGUAGGUAAUUAGCCUCCUUAAAUAACUACUUUCUGCCUACUUGGAUGACUAAAUCGGGAAGUAAGACUUCUAGUGAUCUCCCAAUCUAUAGCGGGUGGAGUAUGUAUAUCAGGUAGCUUUCUGUUAUGCCUGUAUUGUCAUUGGUGGUGGUAUAACAACUCUCUUGUUAAUACAAGCAGAGCAGAGAUUAAGGAGUUAAUGUGCCAAUACUAAUAGCAUAGGCAGGCGAGGGGGGUUGAAGAUAGGGGCAAAGGCAGGCAAUUGCCAGGGAGAUUUUAAUGGUGACUUGAAUACUUUUGUUAUUUUGUCUGAUUUGGAUUCCCAACCCCCAAAACCCAUAUUAUUAUCAAUAAAAAUGACCAAAAAUCUGACUGUAAAGUGAAAACAAUGGUUAAGUGUUAAAUUAUUGGGGGGCAUAAACAAAGGCAUGAGCCAUUUCUUUCACUCCUGUUGGAUGUUGUACUGCUCCCUACCCAAAAGAAAGAGAAAAAAAGAAAGGAAAAGCCCCAUCCAUCUCUGAUCUCUCUCUUGGUUUGCAGACUGGGAAUUCAAGAAAAAAGAAGAAACGCCAAAAGAUAUCAUAAACAAAUUGACUAAUCUCCAUCAAACCCCAUAUUUUGUCUUCCAUUGAGAAGAAAGAUCAAAGAUGCCGAGACCAGGCCCUAGACCUUACGAGUGUGUAAGAAGAGCUUGGCAUAGCGAAAGACACCAACCCAUGAGAGGUUCCAUCAUUCAGCAGAUUUUAAGGCUAGCUAUUGAAACUCAUAGCACAGCUACUAAAAAGAAUAAGGAAUGGCAAGAUAAAAUUAUUACUGUCAUCGUCAAAGCCGAGGAGAUUAUGUAUUCCAAAGCCAAUUCUGAGGCUGAAUACACCAACCCGGAAACCUUAUGGGACCGUGUUAAUGAUGCCAUCAACACGAUUAUCCGUCGAGAUGAGAGCACUGAAACAGGAGAGCUUUUGCCACCUUGUGUUGAAGCGGCCCUUAACCUGGGGUGCUAUCCAGUGAGAGCUUCAAGGAGCCAACGACACAGUAAUCCUAGGACUUACCUUACGCCAAGAGCACCCGAAACUGUUCCUGCAACUCCUAGGAUUUUGGAUAACGGUAGUGAGGAUAGGUAUCCUCAGUUAUCCCCGGUUCAGUCUGGUAGUCAGCUUGCAAGAAUAGCAACCAAUGUGAAUUCGAACACUUCGGUUUCACAAGCUAACCGUCAUAAUUAUCCAUUUCUACCUCAAAAUUGCCCAUCUGGCCAUGACCAAUUGAUGAGGAUGGAAACUAACACUCCAUCGAACUCUGGUCAAGUUUACCCUCUUUAUUAUGGAAUUCACUAUCAAAAUGCAGAGUCCCAAACAGGUUCUCCAGUGCAGGAAAAUCUAGUGUCUGAUACGAUAAUAGUUGGGAGACCUAUUGGUACAUCCGUUUUAGAGCCAGCUGAAAUGGGUUCCUUGCAGAAUUUCUUUUCCUCUUCCAAUGUUGAUAUUGGUGGUAAGCAAAUUGGGCAGCAAGAUAUCAGACACGCUGAUGAGAAGUUGCUUGGAAAAGAAUGUGAUUUGUCCUUGCGGUUGGGUCUAUUUUCUGACCCUUGUAUGCAAGUAGAAAAGAAGUCACUUUGUGAAACCACAGAUGUUGGUCCCAGCAACACUCAAGAUGGGGGCAAACUUAGUGAUGUUUUUCGACAAAAGAGUAAAGAGAUCCCCUUUUUUCCAGAGAGGACUGUUAAUGACCAUUUUGAAUCCUUUUCAAGAAAGUGCUUUAUGGAAAAUGAAGGUCAUAAUGUGGGGGCAGCAACGAGAAAGCGUAAGGCAACAUUUGGAGGCAACUCAGAAGAUGAACAAUUUUGCACGCAACCAGGGUCCUCAUCUAAUAAUAGAAGACAUGGGCCAGGUUUGUAAACAAUAGUUUUAUUGUAGCUUGUCCUUCAAAAUUAAUGAUCUUUUGAUCGUAUUAGUGAAUCUUGCUUUCAAUCUUUAUUCUCUAAUAGAUGUUGUAAAAUGUAAGUGCUGACAAGUUGCAUUGUUGGGAUGUAGCAGAGAAUGAACUGUAAAUAAAAUGAGCAUAAAAGGAAUAUUUUAAAUAACUUAGAAAA